UGAGCAGUGGCAGAAGGGGAAGGUGCUGCUGAGACCAUGAUGUCCCUGGGUGUCACUAAAGGAGGGCUGAUCCCGCCCACGGACGAGGAUCGCCGCAGGAUCAUCCGGCAGAUGAAGGUUCGCACCACCCUGCGGGGGGACAAGAGCUGGAUCCAGCACCACAACUCCGACUCGGAGGAGGAGAAGAGCAGCCCCCUGUCUGGCCAGGCUGGUGGGGCACCCCCAGCCCCCAAACCCGCUGCUCCCCAGCAGGACAGGUCCUCUGCCUCCAAGCCCCAGUCUGGAUACCUCAUCAGGGGAGUGUUCACCAGGACCAUUGAUAAAAGCUCCUCCGCGCCGGAUCCUUCACCUUCCAGCCCAGCACAGAAAAACACUGCCCCGAAGGGACAGAGUCGCUCCCCCUCUGGAUACAGGAUGACCACAGAGGACUACAAGAAACUAGCUCCGUACAACGUCCGGCAGAAGUCUGUGGAUGGGGAGGAGGAGGAUGUGCCUUUUUCUCCAGAUGAGCAUAAGAAGAGGACGGAGGCUGCCAACAGCGUCCUGCGGCGCUCGGCCGGCCGCGAGCGCGCCUACGUCCUGUCUGCUGCCAAGAAGAGCAACGGCAGCCCAACACAGGAAUUCCCACCCCUGUUUGCCAAGAGAAUUGAGAUAGAAGAGGAGGAAGGACAGCAGAGGAGGAGUCCGACUGUGCCGGCUUCAUCCAGGGGUGCUCCGGAGAGCAGCAGCCCCAAACCAGGCAGCAGGAGCCAAACAUCCCCAUCCCUGAGUGACACUUUGGGGAAAAUCUCCACUUCUGCUGAAAUCAGGAAUGGUGAGGACAGACAGGCCCUGAGUGGGAAAUUCUCCUUGGAAACGGUGUCCCAGGGUGGAGAUGGUGACAAAGCUCUGAAGGAAAAGCCUGAGAGGUUCCCAUGGGAUGAAGGGACCCCCAAAGCCACCAGGGCUGCCACGAAUGGAAGUUUUGCUGAGCACACAGAUGCCAAGAAUGGGUUUUACCCACCAGAGUCCAGCUCUGGUUCCUGGCACGCUCCUGAGGAUGCUCCAGAGAAGCUGCUCCAGCCCUCCCAGGGGGACACCAGGUCAGCCUUGCAGCCUGAUGUCCCUUUUCAUCCCACUGAGAGAACCCCUGUGCACAUUGAGAACACAGAAUAUUCCUUUAAAAGCUCUGUCCUGGGCUAUGAGGAGAGGAGCAGCUCCACGAAUCCUGAGGGCCCAUCCCACCACCAGCCUUACUGGGAUGAGACAAGGUUUCUGGACUCAGCCAGCCUCACUGAGAGGGGCCAAGGAGCUCCUGGCCAUGACAGCCCCCCAGAGCCCCCCAGGCUGAAGGAUCCCACUGAACCCAGCAGGGCUGGGUCCAGCUCUGUUCCUGGAGGAAGCAGCAUCCCAGCUCCAGAGAUUCCACAUGCAAACGAGUCUGAGCCCUGCCGGGACAGGUCUGACUUCAGCUCCCAGGAGGGGGUUGGCAGUGCCCACGAGCCCCUGCCCCCUGUGCCCCUGUUCCAGGAGCACCAAUCCUUCAGGGGCUCUGUGCCCAGCCACAGGAUUCCAGGCUACGUGGACAGCCAGGUGUUCAGCACCAGGAGCAGGCCCAGCCCGGAUCCCAGAGGGAACGUUUAUUCUGGGAGCAGCAGCCCCAGGAGCAGCUGGUAUGACAGUGCCAGGGGGCACGGGGACUUCAGCCCCCCUGCAGGACGCCAUGACUCCUUUCCCAGAGAUCCCACCAUGUCCAUGUCCCAGAGAAGCCACAGGGUGCCGUUCUACAUGGACAGCUUAAACUCUAACAGCUCCAGGCUCCUCUCCAGUUCCAGUGAGAGGCUCUGCAGCUCCCACCACAGCUCUGGGUACCAGCCUGACUCCAGCUCUGCCGGGAGAGGGAUCCUCUUUGUCAAGGAGUACGUGAACACCGGCGGCUUUGCAGCCUCGCCACGCCACAGCAGUGGCAGCCUUGUGGAUUUGAGUGACCUGGAGAGAAGCAGCUACAGCCACCACAGUUACCUGUCCAGUGCUCCCCUGCACAGGUCCAGUGAGCCCCUGUGCAGCUACUGCAGCCGGGAGAUCCGAGACUGCCCCAAGAUCAUCAUAGAGCACCUGAACAUCCACUGCCACGAGUACUGCUUCAGGUGUGGAAUUUGCCACAAAGCAAUGGGAGAUCUCCUGGAUAAAAUAUUCAUCCACCGGGACAUUGUCCACUGUGACAAGUGCUACGAGAAGCUGUUCUAG